AUGCUAUCAAUUUCUCAAACAUAAAAAUCCCUAUAAGUACAUUCAUAAAAGCAAUUACAUCGAUAAAACUUAUAUUCUAGAAAUAGAACUCUUGAUAAUGUAGAAGCUAAUAAAUUAAGAGCAAAAUACAUUAUACAUGAUAAGGAAAGUUUAUAUGAAGAAAUUUAGAAACUGAAAUAAGAGAACAAUCAAUUGAAGUUAACAUUAAGAUAGUUUCAAUCAUAAAUUUAAUAUUUUAAAAGAGAAGUGCAAUCAAUAUCGAAAGAUGAAAGUACACCCACUAAAAGUUAUUCUAAAUUAAAAUAAGGUUAUUUAGAGAAGAUCUCAAGAUUAGAAGUAUUAUUGUUUUAUGAAAAUUUAGGAUGAAAAUAUUAGAUUAUAAUAAUAAUUAACAGAGUAGUAAACAUAUAUAGGAUAACUCUAAAGUCCAUUAAAUAAAAAUAAUGUUGAAAAUUUAUGUAUGUCUUUAAGUGAGGAUAAUAUGAAGUUAAAUCAAUUGAUCUAAUAACAAGAGUAAACAGUUAAUUAAACUUAAGUAUAAAAAUAAUGAAAUUUAGAGUUAAUUCAAUAAGUUGAAUGUAAAACAUAAUGCAAUUUUGAAUAAGUAUAAAUAAUUGAAGAACUUGAAUGCUUAAUUACUUUUAGAGAUAGCUGAAUUAAAGAAAAAGGAUACUUUAUUUCUUGAAAGACCUUAAUAGAAAGAUAAUAAAAAGGUUGAAGAAUAGUUAUAGUUAGAUUUUGAUUAAGCACUUGUCGAUUUAAGAAAUGAAAGAUAGAAAAAUAAGUAUUUAGAAAAUAUGAUGUAAAAGAUUCAAGCAGAAAAUUAGGAAUAAAUAGAUAAUCUUGAGAAAAAAUUAACAGAUUAAAAAAGAUAAUAUGAGACAUUGUAAAGAGAAUAUGAUUUAGAAAAAAUAUAAAAAUAUCAAUCAAAAAGAACAAUACUGAUAAAAAAUAAUGGACCAUAACAACCAGAAGAAUAAGUAUAAUAAUAAGAGGAAAAUGAAUUAUAAAAGAAAAAGAUAAUUAAUGUUGAUAAAAAUGAAAUUACAUCAAUAGCUCGUUAAGUUAAAUUAAAUCUUAUUGGAUUAAAGAUUUCACUCUAAUAGGUUGAAUAAUAUCUAUUAACACAUGAAAAUUUAACUUAACAUUAAUUAAAAUAGAAUUUGUCCAAUAGAAUAUUCGGUCUUUAAUCUUUAGAGUAAAUAGAAAUGGCAGCUAUUUAUUUAGCAGAUGUUGAAAAUGAAACUGAAACUACUACUAAUGCAAGAGUUAGAAGUAUAUUUAAAACUUUAAUGGAAAAUUAUUAAAUAUUGACAACUUAACAAUUAAAUAAUAUCAAUUAAUAAAUCAUGAAAAAGAAAAAUGAAAUUUCAGAUAUACUAAUAAAGAAAUAUCCAGAAACAUAUACAAAUGGAUAUAUCAAUAUAGAUGUAAAUAUAUUUGGAAUAUUAUUAGAUUUAUUUAGAAGUUUUAUAAUAGGUUGAUAUUACAUUAAAUAAAUUAGAAAUCGAUCAUUUCUAUGCACUAAUAACUAGAUAAAAUAGAUAAUAAAGAAUUUUACUUUAAUAAAUUCAUAGUCCUUUCGAUAUCAAUCAGAAUGAAGAUGAUGAAGAUAUAAAUGAACAAUAAUAAUUAAAUGAACUGAAUAAUAAUGAUCAACAAAAGAAUAUUAAAUUAAAUUAAUAAAUUGAAGUAUAAAAUAAAUAAGAAUCACAAUUAAUUAAUGUAAUAAAAAAUGAAGAAGAAACAGAAGAAAAAAACAGUUUAAUUUAAUAAGAAAUUAAAAAUAGCCAAGAAUAUGGAGAGAAUGAUAGAAAUUAGAAUUAGGACUUAUCGAAUGAGGAAGAACAACUACCUAAAGAAGACAAAAAUCCUUUAUCAGAUGUUCAAAAUAGUGAUCCAGAUUAAAAGAUGAUUGAUUCGUAAGAAUUAAGAAAAUAAAGUUAACCUGAUUUAUAAUAAUUUUGA